CGCUAGGUGUAGGUAUCUACGAACGAAUCGGAGCAGGAGCAAUCAACGAAACCUGCUUCCACUUGGCCUGGCCGUCAGUUGAGAUUCGACACAGAGCAAGACUAGAAGACUGACGACUGGGACGUGACGCGACCGUGUGUGUAUAUAUCGCAGCGCAUAGAUAUAUCGCUUCCAAUUAGAGUAUACGGCGAAUAGUCUAUAGAUCUAGAACAUACAAUUCCACUGUUAUCAAUUCGCCGCACGGUGACAAAUGCGUGAAAGGUUACAAGGAAUACCGUAUUGUAGGCUGUUAUCAAACAGAUAAGAGGCUAUUUUUUCUUCAGAAUUUUGUUUGAGUGAAUAUAAUGCCGAGUAGCGAGUGAUUAGUCUUAGAUGGUGCAGUGCGACUAAAAUCGUUUGAAAAUAUCAGUACACAGUAGCAAAAUCAUUCAGUGCAAGUGAACCAAUUCGAUCAGAAGGAAAAGAACCAAGAUUUCGAUACGUGCUGUGGGAAAAUAUCAAUUUUGUACAACAUGUGCAACUGAUUUGAGGUCUUGAACUCAGUCAAUUUGGAUCAAAUAAUAUGUUAAGGUUCUCACUUGUGUUGUAGUAGUGGUUAUUACUCUCAGCUUCCAAAAAUUAUCAUCGUUUCACCGUCUUGGCCUUAGUCGUGACUUUGCCAUAGUCGUCAGAAAAGUUGGCAAAAGUGGAAUAAAAAUUCUGAUUGAUUUAUGAAUGUGUGGAUCGCGGACAAAUGCGAACACGUUAGGAAGAGCUAGCUUACGUAGUCUGCUCUGGGACGAACGUCACUCCAAUUCACUUCGAACUGCGUGCAUGCACAGUGCAUUACGACUCUGAACGUGUUGGUGCAUCUCGUCUGCCAGAAAAUCGAAUCAUCACCCAACGCCUCCGCAAAACAGGCGCGCUCCGUCCCUUGCAAUAAGGCAGGAAACGAUUUUGAAAAUCUCAACCCUCGAAAAUUUGCAUCUGCAUUAUACGCGCACAUUGCAAAUAAAUUUUCCUUUCAUUUACACCGGUACCUGUGUGUAAGUGAACCGACGAAAAGAAAGGAAAAUAAUUUCAUUUUCUGGUGCAAAAUACAGCACAUAAUGGUGUAGGAAAGCCACAGAACGCAAAACGCCUCAGCUACAUCGCAGCAAAAAAGUGGAAGCGUAAAACUCGACAUUGAAGAAGACCGCUGGCAAAAAUAAAACAUAAAUAUAUUCACACAAAGUCGAAAGUAAACACGCGGCUUGCAGUCUUCUAUGCGUUCAACGAUAUCGUCGACGGCGUUCACGUUCGGUUACUUUGUCUAGAGUCACCUUAAUCCGGUGCGCAGUUCGAUCGUAGUAGACUGACUGCUCGCCACUAGCUUCGCACGUAACCGCAUAAUCGACCUUGUUGGUGGCGUUCUGCGCUAAAUACCGCGGCUGGAAAAUACAACCUACUCGAUUACUCGAUCUUAGGUAGAGUUCGAGCACACGUCCGCUACGCCAAGCUUCUCAUCAACGAUUAACAAAACAAACAAACGAAACUUCGACGGGCAGAAUGGCUGAUAUCAUCGAGGAUGAGAUGAAACACUGCUAUGAGAAUCUAAUCGUCGUGGACGUUGGCGCCAAUCUGACCAACAAAAAGUACAUCCGUGACCUGGACUCGGUGAUACAGCGCGCAAAAGAUUCUGGCGUCCAAAAGAUCAUGGUACCGGGCACGUCGGUCAAGUCGAGCAAAGAGGCCCUUCGGUUGACGCGCAUCUACCCGGGCAUCAUUUACUCGACGGCGGGGAUCCAUCCGCACGAUUCGAAGUCCAUCAUCGAGGAACCGAGCACGUGGCACGACUUUGAGGUAAUCGCCGGUGCGCCGGAAUGCGUAGCUAUCGGACCGUGCGGGCUUGACUAUCAACGGGAUUUUAGCGAGCCGUGCACCCAGAAGGACAUCUUCGAGCGGCAGCUGAAGCUGGCGUGCAGUCUGCAGAAGCCAAUACUGAUACACGAACGAUCUGCUCAGGAGGAUGUGUUGGAAAUACUCUCGAAAUUCCAACCUACCCCGCAGAUUAUAAUCAGAGGCUUCAUGGGCACGACUGAAGAAGCGUUGAAAUAUCUUCAAAGGGACUACUACAUAUCACUAACGGGUUAUCUAUGCAAGGACAAAUCUGACACUGGCGUUCGCAAACUACUCGAGGAUGGUCGGCUCCCUCUGGAACGCCUCCUGGUGGAAACCGAUUCGCCGUUCAUGUAUCCCAACACACGGGCUUCCAAGCUGCCGCAGCACGUGAAAACGGGUCUAACGGAACGAUCACUGCUCUACUUGCACCGCUACUGUACCUUCCAACGCAACGAACCUUGUAGCCUUCCGGCUAUUGUAGAAAUGAUUGCUGCAUUCAUGAACAAGAAACCCGAAGACGUCGGGUUGGCAACGGCUUUCAAUGCGCUGAAAUUAUUCGGACUGUCCCAAUGAUGGGAGUCACCGAUCAAACACAUAACUCAGAAAAACAUAAACGACAAUGAGCUCUAAAACGAAAACGAUAUAUUGCCCUAAACCCAUGAUUUUAUCCAAUUAUUAUUUAGUGAAACGAUUUCGCUAAACCUAUCGAAACAUGCUAGCAUGGACUAUUUUAAAAUACACGAUUUUAUAUUCCUAGAACACACACACCCAAGAACACAUGCGAUUGUUGAUUUGAUCCUAUUUAAGUCUUGCCUGAUUAUAACGUAGUAUAUUAAUUGUUGUUCUAAUUAGUUGAUCCUCACGACUGCUCAAAGAGCUGCUCUUUAGAUGUUAAACACAAACAAACAGGCGUAACUUGUUGAAGAGGCGUCCUUUUUGAGCGCAGUAAUCUUCAAAAAUCUCGCCGCCUAUAAGUUAUUACUAUUUGUAUGUGUAGUUUUAUUAAUAAAAUAACAUAUUGUUCUGUUCCACGUAGAUUUAAAACAGCUGCGCGUAGUUGUAUUUUUUAACAGUAAGCAUGUGAAACAAACGAAAUGUGUUAAUUUGAAUUUAUGUUCUAUGUGUAAAGCUAAAGACUGAAGUAACUAAAACAUUAGAAAAAAAAAGAAGCACGAUAUAUAGUCGAGAACCAAACCCUGUUAACUAAUCUCGCGAGAAUAGAAAGUACGGGAAAUUAGAAGGCAACACAACUCUGCUCGUUUUCAGGGAAAUCGCACUCGAUCAGGGAAUAAUCUCAGCUUAGUCAUAUAGGCAAUCCGUUUUACAGCAAUACACAUUCCUUGCCAAUGGCGAUUUCUCGAGAAGUGACCAGGGUUGACGGCCUGUAGAAACCCGAACCCGAGGUCUUUCUUUCAAGUGCUUGUGAAGGACUGUUCUAAACAAAAUCAUAAGGUAAAGCAAUACUAUUAUCUGCUCUGGCUAAGGUUAUGUGACUAGUAGAUAUGAGUGCUCUUAUCAUCUUGCUGUAAGUUGUAUUGUUGAAUGUAAGGAUAUUUAAGGGGGAACUAAUUUAAAGUGAUUGUUAUUCACUCAGUUAUAAAUAUUUGCGUUGAAUGGUGACAAGAAAGAAGUGUAAUUAUAGGAAGAAAAGUGCCAUAAUGUAGGAUCUUACUGUCAAGAUUUGACUAUGCGACACUCUGUAUUCAUCGUGUAAAUUAUUGAGAUUGAAAUAAAGAGUAUAUUUUUAUAGAAAA